AUGAAUCAAACUCAACCGAAAUUAGGAAAUGGAUCUUACAUUCCACCAAAUAAGCGGAAUAAUUCAGAAGGAUCAGAAGUGAGUCCACAAAAGAAAACGGCUGUUGAAAUAACGAGUGGAGUUGGAAGAAUUGAUAUUGGUGGAAGAAAAAAUGCGGAACCAGUUGUUGAUAUGAAGAAAAUCAAAGAAAACAAACCAAAAUCACCAAUUUUCAAACUUCAACCUCGUGUGCUUACAAAGUGAGUUUCUCUGUAAAUUUUUUGGGUUUGAAAUUGAUUUUUAUUGCAGACCGAAAGGACUCCCUAAUGAGAACGAAGAAAAGUCACAUUGUCACGUUGAUAUGAUCUACAAUAGGCUCAAAUGCAGUUUUGAAGAUGGAUUAUCAAAAUGGAUGUCGAAUUAUCAACAAUCCUUCAAUCAAUAUUUCAUUGGGUGCAUUCCAAACUUCAUUGAGCCUCAUCUUUUUGUUAAUACUAAAUUGACAAAAGAUGAUUAUAAUAUGUCAUGA